AUGCAGGACAGAAGUAAACAUACAAGGAAUGGCUCUCAAACGCUCUGUCUUUAGAAGAUGGUCAGUGGCGGCUCCUCACCUUUGUGAUGUCAAAUGUGGACAAGAGAUCGCGUGCCAAAGUUAUAACUACAAUCGAAAAUACCAAAUAUGUGAACUAAAUAACCGCACCAAGGAGGCGAGACCAGAGAAUCUCCUUUCAGCCCCUCGUGGUUUUACAUCAGGCGAUUGAACGGCAGAGGUAAGAAGUCAGAAGUCUAUGUGUCUCGCUGAUUUUUGUUUCUCUAGAUUUUCUUCAUACUUUGCCAAUCUUUUUUUCUCUCACCUAUAAUUGAGAAAUAAGAGUAGGAAUAAAACAUAACUCCUAUUUUUACUGCAGCUCCUUUAGGUUCUAUCCCCGAAUUACCAGCGAUAUCCUGUCUCGAAAUAAAAGGCGAGUGAAGGUAAAAACCAUUAGCGGGAAGUACUGGCUGGAUCCAACAGGCACAGGGAAGGCGAUAUUGAUUAACUGUGAUAUGGCUAGCGGGGGUAGGUCUUUUUCUUUUACGAGUUAACUUAAUUUUACCGCAAAAUUAUAGUAAUGUUAUUUUUAUUGUUAUCACUAUGAUUUGUUUGUUUAAUAUCAGUUUUAGCGUGGAUACCCUUUUUUACUUCGUUUUACUUUAAUCAUUGCUUUCAUUCUAAAUUCUAGAUAUGGAUGAAUGUAAAUAUAACAUCAGUGACUGCCAUGUGAAUGCAAACUGCACUAAUACGUACAGUUCUUACAAAUGCACAUGUAAAGCUGGAUACACUGGCGAUGGACACUCAUGUUCAGGUACAGUUAAUUUUCCUCACCCAAGAUGACCAUGAAUGUGUUUCUCCAUUAACUGUUUUAGCUCACCUCUAUGCGAGGUUUCCUCAUGAUACUGAGUUCAGCUACAGAUUAAAGCAGAAUUUAUAGUUUUGACGUAGUUAAUAAAUGCAGGAAUAAGCACAAGCACUUGCAUCGGAGGCAAAGGAAACAUGUUUAACACUGUGUUAAUACGAAAUACGAAAUAAACCAAAGAAAGUUAUCGUUAACAUCAUUGCCAAAAAUUGCCAUCAUCAUCCACCAUCAUCCUCGUCACCAUCACUUUGACCAUCAUCAUUACGAACACUUUUGUUUACAUAUAUCGAUGAACGCAGCGAGAAAAAUCCAUGUUCGUGAUGUGAAUGCAAAGUGCACUAAUACUAAUGGCUCUCAUAACUGCACUCGUUACUCCUCUCCGACAAAGAAAAUAGGCCCGCAUUUGCACGCCACGUUAGAUUAGCUCUAGCAUCAGACAGAAUCAUUUGGCACAGCCAUGCUUAUUCCCGUGGAUAGCGUCACCAUCUCCAGUUUCUAUUUUGUAAAUCAGAAACCUUUAUUUAAUUUUUUAUAAUAUAUUUCGGGCAGUUACACUACUAAGAAGCCAAGAGUCUUUGAGUGCAUUUUAACGGCAAAAUAGCUUCUCACGAAGUUUCGACCAGACUUCGGUCAUUUUCAAUUGAAUAAUAAGAAUGUCAUUAUGUCACCCAGGAUAUACUGGAAAUGGACGAAACUGCACAGGUGAAUUUAAUUUCCUCGCUACAUGUAUUCUGUGCUUAGAGCAGUCCCGCAUGACACGUUGGACUACAGCACCGCACCAUUCAGCCGCGUUACAGGACAAUUAGAUCAUUUAUCACCCAUAGCUCGUUUUAAUUUAAGGUUACUUCCCACCCUCAGAGGCCGAAAAACUCGAUUUUUCUUUUAUUUAGAAAAACAUAUUUUCUAAUAGAAGUUAAUGAAUAAGGAAGUUAUCAUAAUCUCGGACCUGAGAGAAUCCUCUGGGGGAACUUUCGCGGCAACUGCUCAUGUCGAGGCCCGAUUUCCUGUUCUUGCCAUAUUUUACUUACAUCGAACACUUUACAAAAUUCACUCGUGAAAGCUGCAAUCUGUCAAAAAAGAGAGAGUACCAAUCUGUCAAGAAAAGAAAGAGAACUUCCCUUGUGAAAGCGACUGGUACUGGCGGAGCUCCAUGCUGGCGUCCAGAUUUUGAACAAAGAAGUCGUUGUCAAACCAAAAUUUACCAUACAUAAUGUUAAAACGAAGUCUCCUUUUUCUUUCUGCAAGUACCAGCCUUGAUACAAAAACAUUAACACUUGCCUCGAAUCGCAAUUUUUGAAAGCUGUAUGUCGAUUCGUUGUUUUGCUCCUCAGCACACUUUGGGAACUUUGCUCAUCAUUGUGUCGUCCCCACUUAGUGAUCGAGAUAAAAAAAAAAAAUAAAAAAAAAACCUGUCUGCAAUGGGUUUCUUUUCCCGGGAAAUCUUGAUCCAUAGUCAGUGACACUAGGAUGAGGCGAGAUAAUCUCCUGGCGUGGGGCAAGUUGUUUGCGAACCCUUAUGAGCUAAAUUCUCGCAUUUGAGUUUGGGAGGAAUACAACCACGUGCACUUCGAGCGAAUUUAUAAGGUAUGUAGAUUUGACCGAUUUUUGUCAAAUUUCGCCAAAACAUCCUAGGAAUAUUGACAAACGAAAGUGUGUCGGGAAAUUUGAUAUUUGAAAUAUUUGUCCCCCUUUACGCAACACGACUCGUAUAUUUUUAGCUACUCCAACUCGAGAUGCCGAUAUUCAGACAAUCAAUCAGAAUAUCGAAGAAACCUGACAUACUUAUGUUGAUUGAUGCCUUCUGAAUGAGACUGUGCAGCCAAUUAGCUCGUGCUGCGGCAUCCCAUACCCGAUAAAUUCAAAAGAAGAACCUUCAGUCGUUUCACGCCUUACCGGCUGCUGACACUUCCUUAAAAGGAAAGUCGCUUAAAUUCUGUUUUCAUCGUAAAUUAAAUUUUUUAUGCUUUCUCCUGAUAUAUAGUUUGCUAGGUUUUUAGUGAAACUAGCCCGCGAACGAAUUUUUUCCUGAAGGACACCCGGGCCCGCGAAGGUGGGAAGUAACCUUAAUGCUAAGAACCUCUUAGGUAAUGUUCCUGACUUUUAAAUGAACAAUUUUGGUGACUGAUGCAUUUUUAUUCUGUUUUAAAUUUCACUUUAUAACAAUGAUUAAAAGAAGCAUGAAUAUAAAAUCGCUCGUUUGGCUCGAACCCUGUGCAGAGGAUGGAUGUGUCAAUGAUUUUCCAUGGCACUACGUUUUCGUUGACGCUCAAGAUAUAUUUGAGUGAAGAAGUUGAAAAUUAUUAUCAUCAAGUCUAUAUAAUCAAGAUACUACGAGUGCUCUGAUUGGUCAAAAGCAAUCGUUGAUUGCACUUGUAAAUCCAUGGAAAAUUGAAGUUUAUGUUAUUACAUAAUUGUUGGGAAACAAUUCUAAAAGAAAAAGUGUUAUCUUUGAUAUUUCAAUCUUUUUGCAAUUGUCAUUUCACUUUGAAGCCGAUCCUUGCUAUCAUUAUCACAUACUGAGUGACGCCAAUAGAAAGAGCAGUUACACUACAUCGCACCCUGACCCUGCGUUUUGUGACAGCUCAUUUCUCGAGGGGUGGUAUCGUUUUGUGGGAGCUGCAGGAACAAAAAUGCCAACAACGCGUGUGCCAGCGUACAGAUGUGGUACAGACUGGUCAGGCUGGUUGAAUGGUACUCAUCCUACAGUGGAAGAUGGUAAAGUUCGAAGG